GAUCGCCUAUCUCCCUCCUCAUCUCUCGUAUAAUAAUGCGAGAUCGUGCUUUACGUUUAGGAGUUGUCAACAAUCGGGAUAAACAAUUACUUUUUUCUGUUAAAAACAAAUUGUUUUUAAUUAAUUAUAAUGCCACCUGCCUACAAAUUUAGUGAAGGUGAAAGGGUCCUUUGUUUUCACGGCCCAUUAAUCUAUGAAGCAAAAUGUUUAAAAUCCGCCGUCAAUAAGGACAAAACGACAAAAUUUCUUAUCCACUAUGCAGGUUGGAACAAGAAUUGGGACGAGUGGGUUCCAGAAAGCCGAGUGCUCAAAUACAAUGAAGCUAAUGUCCAAAAACAGAAAGACGUACAAAGAGCUUAUGCUGCACAGCAAACUUCGCAAAAAGGAAAAAAGACAUCUGUAGUUUCUAAGCCUCAAGGCCGCAAUCGUGAAGGCGGGAAAGAAAAAGAUACUGAGAGCAAUGCUAGCACACCAAGUCUUAUAACCGAAAAAGUUAACAGUAGAUCUGCAAAAACUAGCGGCUCUGUAAGUCCCACUUCGAAUGAUUCUUCCUCUGACGUGCCACGGAAAAAGAAAAGUCGCUUGGAUCCUACUGUAGAAACUGAAGAACAGUUUCUAGCGAAAGUAGAAGUCAAAGUCAAAUUACCAGAUGAACUAAAGCCUUGGCUUGUUGACGAUUGGGACGCGAUUAGUAGACAAAGAAAACUAGCAAUAUUACCAGCGAGACAUACCGUCGAUCAAAUCCUGGACGAUUAUGUCAAAUUCAAAACUUCUAGUAAAACUAACAAUCCCAAUAAAGAAGUAGCGGUCCUCGAAGUUACGAAAGGCUUGCGAGAAUAUUUUAAUGUAAUGCUGGGGACACAAUUAUUAUACAGAUGGGAGCGCCAACAAUAUGGAGAAAUUUUAGCCGAAAAGCCGAAUACAAAUCCAAGUCAAAUUUACGGAGCUUUCCAUCUGCUGAGACUCUUUGUAAAACUUGGCAGCAUGCUUUCCUACACUCCACUGGACGAAAGAAGCAUUCAAUUACUUCUCGUUUACAUCCACGAUUUUCUCCGAUAUUUACACAAAAAUAGCAGCACAUUAUUCAGUCUUCAAGAUUAUGGAGCUGCUUCUCCAGAAUAUCAUCGAAAAUUUAAUUGAACUUCUAGUUUCUUCCACUAACUUUAUUCGAACUUAAUUCUAUUUCGAAAAUGAAUCGAAAUCCAGGUGAAUCUAUAUUUUUAUCAUUUCAUCGAUAUAAUUUUAUAAGAAGACAAUUCGAUUUUUAUAUAAAAACUUAUAACCGCAUAAAUCGUCAUCUUUAACGACAACUGGUAGGGCAUGCCAAUAACAAAUUAAUGACGUUUCAUUUAUAAAAUGAAUUUUUGUUAAAUACAAUUAAGAACCAUCUCUAAAUUUUUGAUACAUUUCGGGUUUCAUGAGACGAAGCAGAACUCUGAUUAAAAUUUGUUUUCGAUGCAGCAGCAAUAUUCUUUUUCAUAGAAAAAAUAAUGUAAAAUUGUGUUAAAUUUGUAAAUUUACCGGACCGAUUUUAUGUAGAAAAAAAUAGAAGGUGGCCUUUUUGAGAAAUAAUAUUUUCGCAAAAAAGCCACCUUUUAUUUUUUUCUUGAUUUCUUUUAGAUUCAUAAUAAUGCGAGAGAUAUAUUUCAGUUUUGCCGUCGAUAUGCCCUUCCUUCAUAUAGAAAAAUUAUUUUUGUAAUAAAUUUUUUUAAGUACCAAGUCUUUUUUUCAAUAUUCAUAGUUUUAUGUUCUCAAGAAGCUAGCGAACAUUUCCAAAGUCUCAAAUCGGCAAAAAAUUUAAACUACUGAAAAUAUUUAUUAACGAAAUUUAAACAUUCUGAAAGUAAAAGUUAAUGGAACUAGAAAAAUGCAGUACUUCUAAUUUCCAAAGAUUAUUAAAUUCCCGAAAUUUCUGAUCAACAAUAAUUUCCAACAAAAAAAUUUUAGUUUAAUGUUUUUUUAUCUGUUAUAGGAUACUAUUUCUUUUUAUAUCAUGCAUAUUGCAAAUUGUAAAUGUACAUGAUUUAAAAUAUUGCGAUUAAAACUAAAAAUAUUUAGAAAAGGUUUAAUAUUUUGAAAAAUUAUUUUAUAUUAUAGAAAAUUAUUUUUCUCUGUGAAGGAAUAGUUUAGCUAGGACAAAACUUAAAAAAUACCUCCCCCUAUAUUACUAUGAAUCUAAAAAAAAAAAAAAAA